AUCAUCACGUCAGUAUCUCGUUGCAGUCCGCGGUAGAACGCUGUGUCACCACAAAUGUUGACAAUCAAGUGUGUGUAAUUAAUCAUAGUGUUUAUUCUAAUAAGUUUUAUAGUUAAUAUUACACAAAAUGGAAAUGCGGGAAUAUAAUAACGAUGACAAAACAGUUACCGCAGAUGAAAGAAAAGACGUGGUUGUCAGGAUUACCGGGUCAUUUGGCAAAUAUCAGUUUUGGAUAUGUGUAUUAAUAUUCAUGAACAAGUUUCCUGUUGCAUUUCAUCAAAUGGCCAUUAUAUUUUUAUCUCCAAAGACGUCGUACCUUUGCACGGAUACAAAUACAAAUAAUACAUGCCCAUGUUCAAAUCCUUCCUAUGAUAAUACUGUAUUUACAUCUACGAUGGUAACUGAAUGGGAUUUAAUUUGCGGUAAAAAAUGGCUAACGAGUUUUACGCAAACAUUGUUUCAACUGGGCACAUUAGUGGGCAGCAUAGUCUUCGGAAUGGCUAGCGACAGGUUUGGAAGAAGAACACCUCUAUUAGUAGCUGUGGUAUUGCAAGUGACCAUGGGUAUAGGAGCCGCGUUUAUGCCUGAAUAUUGGACUUUUACUUUAGUCCGUUUUUUAAUUGGAGCAUCCGUUGGUGGAACAAUGGUGGUUGGUUUCGUCGUCGUUAUGGAAUACGUAGGCACAAAAUACCGAGACAUAGUUUCAGCUCUCUAUCAAGUUCCUUUUAAUAUAGGUCACAUGUUAUUGCCAGUUUUUAGCUAUUUCUUCAGAGAUUAUAGAACUUUUCAACUUUCCAUAUCUAUCCCAACAAUCGCCUUACUGUGCUACUUCUUCUUUCUAUCGAAUACACCAAGAUGGUUAAUAGCUGUCAAGAGAACUGAAGACGCAAUCCAUACUUUAGAACGUGUUGCUAGAGUAAACGGUAGACCGACUGAACAUAUUAGAACCGAAGUAGAAAAUUUUCAAAAAGCUGCUGAGAACACACAACUCAAGAAAGGAUCUCUCGUCGAUUUAGUCAGGACUCCAAAUCUCAGGAAAAAUAUACUGGCAAUGUCAUUCAACUGGUUGACAUGCAGUUAUUGUUUUUACGGUGUAUCUCAAUACGUAGGCCAGUUAAGUGGUAACAUUUUUUUGAACGUGGCAGCCAGUGCUAGUGUUACACUGAUCGGUACUCUGUUUUCUAUACCCCUCUUAAAACUAUUCGGUAGACGAACUCUGGUUAUAGUUUUCAACUUUGUUUGUGCAUGUUGUUUGUUAAUUCUUCCUAUAUUAGGCGAAGGUAUUGGCACUGUUAUUUGUGCAAGUAUUGGUGUUGUAGCUAGUUUUAUAGUUUUUGUUGUUGUGUAUUUAUAUUGUUCAGAAUUGUUCCCGACAGUAGUUCGCAACGCUGCUGUUGGCUUCUCAUCUAUGAUGGCUAGAGUUGGGUCUAUGAUAGCCCCCUUUGUUAUUGGCUUGGGAGAUGUUGCAGUUUGGUUACCACCAUUAGGAUUUGCCAUUCUACCUCUCAUAGCUGGGUGUACAACCUUCCUAUUACCUGAGACAAAAAAUUGUCAGCUUAUGACCACAUUAGAAGAAGGAGAAAAUUUCGGUAAAAAACCUGCAAGUGAUCAAAAUAAGUCUAUACAUAUGUAAAAGUGCGUACAUUUUUUAUUAUAUUAUUUAAGGUUUGGAUGAUUUGGAUGAAUUAAGGUUUUUUAAUCUGUAACAAAUGUUUAAUGAAAAGUAAUGCUAUUAAUAAAAUGAAGACUUUAAUGUAAAUAUGUUCACUUUAUUUCUAUCUUAAUACAUGAUAUCAGAGUUAGAAAUAAAUACCUACACAUGAAGCUUAGCCUAGUAGUACUGACUACUAAUCUUGUUGGUGCAUUAUUUUUAGUACAUAUGUGCUAUGUAAAAAUUAAGAAUUAUCUGGUUUUAAUCAACGGUUAAAAAUGUAGGUAGAGAUAUUAUAUAAUUGAAAACCAUACAGAAAGCAUCCAAAAGCUAGUAGAGAUGUAAGAACACACAAUAUUUAUUUUAUUCAUGACAUUCCAUAAUGUUACAGCAGUUGUUACGUCAUAAAAAAAUAAAUAUCAGCAUAUCAAUUACGGAACUUGUUGGGCACAAUAAACAGAAGAGAAGAGAGGAGGGCGAGUUUGUUUGUUUGUUCUGUAUAUGUAGAUAUUCAGGCAUAUGGUAUGCAUUUAAAUAAAUAUAAUAAUAAUAAUUAUAAAAUUUUCCAAUAAAGAAGUAGUAUGCGUUAUAUUAUAUGUUUAACGGAAUCUGUAUUCUGCUCUACUAUUUUAAUGUUAUUUUUGAGAUAGAUAAACGGACUUCAAAUUUACAUUUAACAGUAAAUUUGUAAUAGUCGAAGGUUAUACACUCGAUUUACUUAGGUAGAUAACAAGAAUGUCACGACAAUUUUACUAAUACUCAUUUAUCACUUGUUCAUUUUAACCUUACCCUUAUUCUAAUAAAAAAUACCAAACUAUAGUGAAUCGGCGAUUGAUGACAGAUAAUAUACGUUCUCAAAGAACACGGGUUGCGUGUUUCUAGAUUCAUAACUAGUUAAAUAAAAACAAUAAUUUGUGAAUCAGGACCAGGCUCCUAUGAGGUCCUAUCCAGGUCCUGAUUCACUAAUUUUUGUAAAACUUCUCGUUAUUAGUUUUAUUUUUAAUUUAGUUAUAAUUGUGUUAAUAUAUGUUUUAGUUACAAUUAAAGAAUGUUUAAAGUAAAGUAAUUAAAUACGACAAUGGAGUAAUAUAGUAAAUUAUAUACAAACAAUGUGCUUGAUAAAAACAUCUGUUUAUUUUAUUUUAUUCCGCUUAUAAUAUAAGAGCAAGGUGUGUUAUUGUGUGUUAGUGUGAAACAGUGUGUUAUUACAAUAGAUUAACAUUAUCUAGCAUAGUAACUGUUAUAAAUAUAAAGAUAUAAAAUAUAGUAUGAUGUGCAUAAGAGAGUAUUAGCUCAAGUAUAACAACUUAUUGGAAUCGGUAGAGUAAGAAGAUAGGUACUACGCAGACCGUACUCCGUGAAUACAGAUCUAUGUAUAUAAAAAGAAAAUUAUCUAUAUAGAAAAUAUGUUAUUUUGAUAUUAUAUUACAUACCUACACGAAUGUAAUGAAAGUAUUUAUUAGUAUAUCUAUAGUACCUACUUCUUAAUCUCCUUCCUGGUGGUAUAUAACUAAUGAAGCUAUAGCGGUAUAUAAAUUAUGUGUGCUAUCCAAAAACUAGAAUCUUCGAGAACAAAGCCCUUACAAAACAGUAUCCCCAACUCAACGGAACAGUCAAUCCAGUGUAGAGCAAGUCACUGGAUGAUAGAUACAAAAAAGUUGAUGUGCUUGUGUGCCUACAGGAAGAACUGUUUAGUGGCAAUUAAUACUGAGAGUUUU